UCAGUCUGCUGUUUUCUGUUGUCGUUGUUUUUUCUAAAACAAAAUGUCCAUGUUCAAAACUUUACAAAAUUCUCCUAGCACCAUAUCCAUCUUCCACAAUGCUAAGAUCCCAAUGCUGAACAAAUUAUACGGUAUUCUUUCCAAAGCCAAUUACAAAUUAAAUGAGGAUAAACUGAAAAUCAUCUUGGACUUAAUGGAAAACACCCUCCCCACGUAUGAUCAGUAUAGCUUGAUUGUGAAUAAUUGUUUGCGUGAUAACUACAGCAAGAAUGUCGUGGCCAGCUGCUUCCCGUUUAUUAAAGGCAGCACCGAAAAUAAGGUUGGUCAGGAUAGAGUGACGGUCAAUGCGCCAAUUGGGUUGCAAAGAUUGCUGGGAAGUGGGUUAAAAGUGUUCAAUGAAGGAGAAUACGCUAUGAUCGUUGAAGCAUUCAACGGCAUUGAGCAGUCCGACUCGACAGAAGUGUCUGCCUCCGCGGUGUUUGCUGCUCCCUUGGUUGUAGACUGGGAUCAGAAUAUGAUAGCCAAUGACGAGCACGGCAUCAGCAACAUAUUGAACAAGUACAAGUAGCUAAGCACCAUGUGCCCCAUAAAAGUACAAUUAGAAUAAAAAAAGAGGUUAGCCGGACUAGCAUUCCCAUACUCUCCUUACUGCUUAUGAAUAUAUAUUUAUUGUCGUCU